AUGCUCAUUGUUUCAGAUACUCUGAUGAGAGUCCACGACGCCACAUACGGUCGCCUCCAACUCAACCACACCUCUCGUCCCCACGCCAUCUGGAGACUCAUCUGUGCCCGCGAUCCAGAGACACGAGAGCGGGGCACGCCGAGCAUCGUCCUCAUGAAGAUGAACACGACCAUCGGAGACUACAUCCAGAUCAAGUCAAAGAGACUCCAGGGCUGCUCGUACACAUACAGAGGCUUUGUGUUCAAGAGAAGUAUGACAACAUUAGCUACCAGUCUCUUCAACAGACGGCCAAUGGAGCACAUUCAGAAUGAAGACAUGUUUGACAGAGUGGCAGGCCUCCUGAGAGAGGGGGAGGAGGGGCUGCUGACCAUCGGGGCCACUGACCCUGAGCUACGCCGCGUCAUCGACCUGGCCUCAGUCUCACCACGUCGAGAACAGUCCGGGUCAGGGGGAAACAGCGCGGCCGAUUACGACUAACACCUUAAUCCUCUCUUCCAUCAUAUUUCUCCCUA